AUGGGCGAAGUUAGAACCAUCGCCGUUAUGGGCGCGACAGGACGCCAAGGAAGAGGAGUAAUCGAAGCCCUGCAAAAUAUCAGCACCAAAUCCAUAGAGAAACAAAUACAAUAUGCCAUCCGGCCCAUGACCCGUUCCCUCACCAGCAAACUAGCACGAGAAUUCGAGCUGGAUUUCCCGCAUCUAUCGCUCGUGCAGUGGCGCCAAGACGAUACGGAUUCCAUCACGGAAUGUUUCGAUGGCUACUAUGGUGCCUUCAUAGAUACGGGCAUGUUUCACGUGCCUGAAGCGUCGAUGCUGGAGUUGACGAGAGGGGAGAUCGCACUGGGGAAACGGUGUUUGGAAGCUGCAAACACAGCCUCGCUAUCCCAUAUAAUCUACCCAACCUUCCCCUCCAUCUUCAACUCCAGCAACGGGUCCAUCAACAUCCUCCGUUUCGAAACCAAACACCAGAUAUCCCUCGAGAUCCACGCCUCGUCCAUCCCCUCCACAGUCCUGUGCCCCGGCCCCUUCUACACCGAUCUCUACGAGCCGCAAUACGCAUCCUGGGACGGCACAACCGUCAUCUUCUCCACAACCGCCGCCCCCGAAACAAGCGUCGGCUUCGCAGACCCGAGCCAUGAUAUCGGGCUCUUCACGCGCGCCGCGCUCGAUAAAGGAGCGCAGUACAUGGCCGGCGAAGAAAUACCCGUGUGUGGCCCCCCGCUCACGUACGCGGAGCUCGCGGCGCGCUUCACGGCCGUGACGGGCAUUCAGGCCGCGUACAGGACA